AUGGCGGCGUGCGGCUUCCUGGGCCUCUUGCUCGUAAUCGGUGUGAUUGCGACGCAGGUGAUUGAAGAAACGCGGAGAACUCUCGAAACCCAGAUCCCGCUUGUCAUAGAGAAGCUCGUUCCUUGCCCCCAAAACCGUCGUGUAGACGGCCACAGCGGAGACCGUUUCCAGCGCCGUGAUAUUCAAGCUGGUCCCACGCUGGAUGACACGGAUGCCAUUCUGCUGCUAAAAGAGUGCAAGAAAUACGUGGAGCGACCUCUAGUCCCUGAUGUCCACUUCAAUUUCAAUACAUAUCCGGAUGCUAACGCUCUCAUGGACUUUCGGUUUACGUGCGCGGAGCUUAUGCAACUGGCUUCUGUCAUAAACAUACUUAACGUGUUCAUCACUGACUCUGGCGAUCGCCUCCUAGGCAUCGAAGCAUUGGCAAUGCUGUGCUACCGUAUCUCAUAUCCUGACUGCUUCUUGGACAAUGAAUGGAAGGACACUUUGUUUUUCCAUGACCUACUGAACGCUGAGCGGCGCCAGCUCUAUGUGGAUGCCGUCUUUACUAAAACCGACGAUCUGGUUGACAAAAUCUCGAUGGUCAUCGAUGGGACGAAAUGGUUUAUCUGUCGCCCGGGCAAGCGUACUCAUCGCACUGCAAGGUGCGCAUGA